GCCAAGUCGAAGUAGAACGUGUAAUGUACACAGUAUUAUUAACAAACGUGGAUGUAACAAAGUUAUUUUUGUAUCAUGAGUUUUGUGUAGACCACACACUGAUCGCUCCGCGAAAAUGAUGGACUUUUUAGUAUUUAAAUUUUUUUCUUCUGAAUUCUACUCUUCACAUAUUUAAGUAAUAUAUUAUCUACAAUAGUAAUCAGAAUAUUCUGAUUUUAUAUAAGUGUAACAAUCUACAUUUUUAAAUAAAAGUUUUCUAAUGGCACCACUUGGGAAAGAAAAUAGUGGAGGGCAGAAGAAAGGGAGGCAGGGUAGACGCAAGAGUGACGACUACAGCAGCAGUGGCGAUGUGAACGGAGAGGACUAUCGACGGCGACGUGAGAAAAAUAAUCAAGCGGUGAAGCGGAGCCGUGUGAGGAGCAAGUUGCGCACACAGCAGACCCUGGCCAGAGUCAACCAGCUCAAGACUGAAAACGAAAAAUUGGAGGAGAAAAUUAAACUGCUGACGAAGGAGCUAGGUUUUCUCAAAGAUCUCUUCCUGGCGCAUGCAGGCUCCGCGCACGGCGUGAACCUCCAGAACGUGGAUCUGGAAGCGAUGCUGAAGGACGAACCCAUGGAUGAGGCACGCCUAGAGCUGCUGGAGGAAGGGAAGAGGAUGUGUUUCCCGGCUGAUCACUCGGACUAGGCGGACGCUAGUACCGGACACCACAGUUCAUUGUACUUCCAUCGUCACAAUUGUUUGAAACUAUUGGUUUGUUUUCUGCAGCAGCGAAAAUUCUCUUCAACAAUAGUAUUUCAAAUGUGAACAUGGUAAAGUGUAGACAACCAUGACCAGUUUCUGUGAAAUGUUUUGAUUUGUUUUCCAGUGCAAUCAGUCCAUUUGUCAGAAAUGAAUUAACAGCAUUGUAAACUAACACUACAAAUGAAAUACAUAGCAAGUAAAAAGUUGUGUGUUGGUUCGCUGACACACUUUGAGUAGUUGAACUUAUGAAUACAUAUUCUUUGCAACAGAGUAACCUGAUGUUUAAAAAGUGCACUAGAUAAUACAGUAUAUUAGAGAACAUUUGUUUUAGUGUCGUGCUGUUUCACAGUGUGGAUGUUUAAGAAGACUAAAACUAUAAACUUGUCCAUUCAAGAUUAGUUUGAGAGUAAUGUGUAAUAUCAUUAGUGGUAAUUUUAAUUGUGUGUGUGUGUGUUUUGUAUUGUGUGAGUUAGGACAAUGUCAAUUUUGCUUAAGUUUAUAGUAGUUUGAACAUUUGAAGUACCUAAACAAAUCCUGUGGAAACUACGUACAUCAUAGUGUUAGGUGAAUUUUGCAUACACUCCCAAGUAAUUACAUAUUAGUAUCUAGAUUUUUGACAUAUACUCCACUUUUAAGUGGGUUUCAGCUAUUUGUUUUUAGUAAAGUUUAAGCCUGCAGUACAUAUUUUUAUCAAAAAUAAUUUAGUUAAUCCAUGAAAACAGGAAUUUUUAGCUUCACAAGUGCUAUCUUUGUGUUAUACUGUCAGACUGUUUAUGGAUCGUAGGGUUUUUGGAAUUACUGGCAGGAAUGAAUGGUUUUGGAGUUUCAUAACUUUAUUUUGCCUCUCUUAGAUUCCUGCUGGUAUGCUUAUAAACACUAAUGCAAAGUUAUUAAAAAAAAUUGUAAUUUUUUUGUAGACAUUUUUUAACCUGUGUGUUAUUUUAUAUGAUCAAAGCAUUUUAAGUACAGUGUUAGACACUUUAUCAUUCUCGUUAAUUUUAACUAUUAUGUGUUUGAAAACCAGUAUUGUUGUUGGGGACGCUACUAGAACAUUACAAAAAAAAAUUUAAAGUUUAAAAUCAGCAAUUUUUUGAUCUUUAAUUUUUAUUAUUGCAUCAGUUCUAGUACUAUACUGUGCCAUUUUUUAACAAGCAAUUUUCCUGAUUAAUUAAACAUUUCACAUUAUAGUUUAGAGUUUAGAGAUAAUUUAUUUUAUAAAUUUUGUAAAUUUAAAUGUGUGAAAUAAAGUUACAAAUAAGUGUUAUUAAAUGAUGCCUUAAUUAAUACAAAAUACAUCUUGUUUACAAAGCAUCUACAUUGUCCUAAAAAAUGAAGCAAAUUUGCACAUAAAGCUUUUGUUAUUGUUUGUAAAUUUUCCUAUUUAAUACACGUGUAGUUAGUUGUUAUGCUUGAUUAAUGUGUUUGGACAGUUAAAUAACUAAAUAAUCAAUGUUUACUUAAAGUAAACUUGAUCAUAUUUUAAUAGGUUGCCUUAAGGCUGUGGUUUAAACUAUGCACAGAAUGUGACGACACAGUAAUGUAACACGUAACCAAUGCAAGAAAAUCACAGUCAUUUAUGAAUCAUGAAAGUCGCAAGACAUCACCAACCCGACAACCUGAAAUCAUUAAACAGUAGAAAAUUUAUUUGUUAUUCGGGCUUUCUUUGUUAAUUCAUGUUAUAUCAUCAAAACAUCUGAAAUUUUCAAUAACUAAUAAUUUAAUUUAAAGGUGUUAUUUUCUUUUACUGUGCAAAAAUUUGACAAGAGAAAACAUCAUGUGUAAAAUAAAAACAAAAUCAUUGUGGCCUUCUAUGUACAUAAUGUCUGUCUCUUUAAAAGUUUUCAGAACACUACACUUAAAAUAUGGAAGGCCUAAAUUCGAGUCUAAAUGCAAGAAGUUGAAAGUUGAAAGAUAUUGGGAGUUCAUGUAGUUUAUAAAUGAUUAUAUGGAAACGUUAUUGAACCUUUUUUGUCUUGCAUUUCUUGCAUAGUUUAUAAACCCGGCAUAAGUGCCAAAAUAAUGGUCUUGUCAGGUUUGUGUAAAUUAAGUUUAUCUGCAUAGAUUUAUUUAUCAUUUCUUCGUAACCCGUUGAGAGAUAAUUUAUAGACCUUAAGGACCUUACGUGGUGAGGUCGACCAGAGAUGGUUUAAAGCUCUUUUAAAGUUUUUAUUUUGUAUAAAUAUGAAGCCUUUUUUGUGAGUGUUAAACCCUAAUUGUAACUUAAAGUUAUUUUUACAAGUUUGAAGACAAAGGAAGUUGUUAUAAAUUUUUUUGUAACACUUAAUAGCUGAAUGUAUCAGUUUUACAAUCGGAAGUUUUGUUUCGUAGGCUUAUUUGGUGCACUAAGAGCGGUAUUCCAAGACAUUCGGGUAUGGUAGCAAAUAAGCACUGCCUUGUUGGGAUACAACCAUAACCUAACUCACAGACAGUAUUCCAGAACGUGUCCAAACCUAAUCUCUGUUAGGUAGUGAAAAAGCAAAAGUUUUAAUAAACUGUGCCCUGCAAGAGGCAAAAACUGAUUUCAAUGCAUUCUAGCAGAGGUUUGGGAACUUUUGAUAAAUUUUUUACAUCAAAAAUCCUACAUAUAGCAUCACUGUCACACAAAUUAAAUAGUUUAAUUAAAUUUUCUCAAGUAGUUUUAUUGUUGUGAUUAUUAGUUUUUAUGACAAUUCAAAAUGUGUUUCAGGAUAAUUGUGCUAUUAUAAAGUUUCAUUUGGCACACCAACAUGCUUGAUACGUCUCUUGAUAUCACAAAAAUGACUAUGACUAUAUACGAGUUAAUGGUGACAGAUGGGGUUCAACCAUCUAGAAAAAAUCAAGGAAAAGGUGAGCUCUGCGCAUGCGUGGAAUUUAGGCAACAGAACAGCAAUGAAUAUGAAACCAAAAUCCGUUCCUUAAAAAUAAGGGACUGGCUGUGUCCUAUCGUGCACUAGGAAUACAGUUAAGAUACAGUUGUAGCAUAUUUGACACCUAAACCCUUAUUUUUGUGUCUUGGAAUACCGGCUUAAGUAAAGAAUUACAUGAGGUAGUAGUAAUGAAAUUUCCUCCUGUAAGUAAACACAGCCAAAGUGUUUUUCAUUAUGCAAUGUGAUACCAAAGGUACCUAUUUACGAAAAGUAAGAAAGUUAGUUAAGUUAGAGUAAAACGUUUACUCUGCUCAUUCUAAAACUGAUCGAUUUUGGUUAUUUGCAUGCACAGUGGUUUCUUGCGUUUGAAAAUCCUACCGGGUCACCAUUUUACAAAUUUUAAUAGUUUCCAAGCAUUAAAAAACAUACAGGUAAACCUGCAGUGAUCAGGUAAGCAAGGUCAUGUGUCAGAGUGAACCUAGUUAACUUUACCCUAACACUUUACGUAAAUGCCUCAAGUUUAUUAUUUUUCGUACACAAAAUGAUCAAGUUACAGGUUGAACUGGAAAAAUCAUGCAAAAUAGUUACCACCCAAAUAUAGUGCAGGACAAACUACUAGUGAGGAACAUGAGGGGUAUGUGGGAUGGAGGUUAAGUAGGGGAAAGGAAUUUUUAUAGUAGAGCCUGGCCAAGAAGGUUGAAAAAUUGAUCAUGAAGUACUUAAUGAGCGAUAGGUAAAUAGAAAUACCAGCGUCAAUACAAUGAUGAUGAUUUCAGAACAGUUUGUGUGUAACAGGGCCAUGCCGAGUCAGCACUUAGAGAGUACUUUGUCUAAUUCAAAUUUAACAUUUAAUUGUUAAAAUCACUGUUCAUAAACAUAUUUCAAAGAUUUCACAGAAAAUUUUAGUAAACAGAACUUUUAAAAUACAAGAACCAGUUUAGCCAUCUCUCGAAAACAAAAUUAUGACACAAUUCAGUAACGCUGUGCGCACGACGUGAUGAAAACAAAAAAAAAUAUUUGUAAUCUGGAAUUCUGUCGCAUCCACCAUUUUUGUCACUUUGAUAUCAGAUGCAUCGAACAUGAUUGGUUAGAAAUCUUUGUGUUGCUGCUGUUGCACUAUUGUAAUUCCAGCAUAAUUGGUUGUUUUGUGUUAGUUUGAGAUGCUAGUCUAGUAAAACGAGAUGGUUCAAACAGCAAAUUGGCAUUUGUAGUUGAGUCAUUGAGCUGUAUUGGAUUUUAAAUGCAAGCAUUUUUUUUCUUGUGUGCAUUCUACCCUUAAUAUAUAAUGUAUUAUAUAUAAUAUAUGGAUAUAUAAUAUGUGAAUAUAUUAUACAUAUAUGAAUAUAUAAUAUAAUGUAAAACGCACCUAUUUGCUUACUAUUAGUGUAACCGUCAACUGCUGAUGGACAAAUUUGGCAACUCAACUGUAAUGUGCAAAAAAUAACUUACCCAGGUUUGUGUUUAGAAUAGAUUACAAUUUCUAACAUAAAGUUCUUAGCUUUGCUUAAGAUUCAUCCAGAUUUCAAAAUUGAGUGUUUGUUAUGAAAGAAAUUGUCGGUGUGUAUAGUUUACUUUGUAGUUCUUACAUUAUGUAUGUUAUGUUCGUGUUGUAGUCGAAUGAUUGAUGUUGUUUGUUACUGUGAACCAGUUAAAUAUUUCUUUGAAAUGUUAAUGGAUUGUAAGUUAAGAUGUAAAUAAAUUAUUAGUGUUUUUAUGGAAUAAUAAGUAUUGAAAUUUUUCUACA